CCCCGCUCCUGCUCUACGCCGUGGUCUUCCUGCUGGGUGUGCCUGGCAACACCAUGAUAGCCUGGCAUUCAGGACCUGCACACACAGGAUGGACUGUGUCCACCUCAGAGGCCAGCGCGGAAGCCCUAAGACACCUCUGUUAGCAGCUUGAAUCAGGCCCCUGUCCACUUACUUUGUUAUCACAGAUGGUCGCCAAGCAUCAUCAAGGACAAGGAAAAUUUGUUUUUUGGAGAAAAAGCGGUUCCUUAUUGCAGGCAUCUGCCUCUCUCACCACAUGGGAUGGGAAAUGGAUGAGAUUCUUUGGUCCAAGUGAUUAGAAUUGAGGCAAGUUUUGUGUCCUUGUGAUUAGUGCCAACAUGCCACCUCCCAGAACCAAGGAGGGCAGGGGUCACCGUGACCACAGGACUCCCAGGGAGGAGGCGGCCCCAGAAAAAUGGAACUGGAAUUGUCCAGAGACACGCCGUCUCUUCGAGGAGGCCUUCUUCAGUGAUGAAGAUUACAUCCGCCAGGGUUCUGAGGAGUGUCAGAAGUUCUGGACUUUCUUUGAACGUUUGCAGAGAUUUCAGACUCUCAAGCCCACCAGGAAGGAAGAGAAAGAGCCCGGGCGUGCCAAGGCUGGCAUCCCAGCGCUGGCUGACCUGCCUCACACUUACGACCCGAGAUACCGCAUCAACCUCUCGGUGUUGGGUGCCGACACUCGCGGCUCUGGGGGACUGGGCAGGCGCCUGCCGCCUGAGAAGGUGUCUGAGUUCCGCCGAGCCCUCUUGCACUACCUGGAUUUUGGCCAGAAGCAGGCGUUUGGGCGGCUGGCCAAGCUGCAGCGGGAGCGGGCGGCUCUGCCCAUCGCCCAGUAUGGAGACCGCAUCCUGAGGGCGCUGCAGAAGCACCAGGUGGUGGUGGUGGCGGGUGACACGGGCUGUGGCAAGUCCACUCAGGUGCCCCAGUACCUGCUGGCUGCUGGCUUCAAUCAUGUGGCCUGUACCCAACCCCGGAGAAUUGCCUGCAUCUCACUGGCCAAGCGUGUGAGCUUCGAGAGUCUCAGUCAGUACGGCUCGCAGGUCGGCUACCAGAUCCGCUUUGAGAGCACACGCUCUGCUGCCACCAAGAUCGUGUUCCUGACGGUGGGGCUGCUGCUGAGGCAGAUCCAGCGGGAGCCCAGCCUGCCCCAGUACCAGGUUCUGAUCGUGGAUGAGGUCCACGAGCGGCACCUCCACAAUGACUUCCUCCUGGGCGUCCUGCGGCGCUUGCUCCCCACGAGACCUGACCUCAAGGUCAUCCUCAUGUCGGCCACCAUCAACAUCUCACUCUUCUCCAGCUAUUUCAGCGGUGCGCCUGUGGUGCAGGUGCCUGGGAGGCUCUUCCCCAUCACGGUGGUCUACCAGCCACAGGAGGCGGAGCCCCCCACGACCAAGUCCGAGAAGCUGGACCCACGGCCCUUCCUGAGGGUGCUGGAAGCCAUUGACAGCAAAUACCCACCUGAGGAGCGGGGUGACCUCCUGGUCUUCCUCAGCGGCAUGGCAGAGAUUAGUGCAGUGUUGGAGGCUGCCCAGACCUACGCCAGCCACACCCAGCGCUGGGUGGUAUUGCCGCUGCACAGCGCCCUCUCUGUGGCCGACCAGGACAAGGUAUUCGAUGUAGCACCUCCCGGAGUCCGGAAAUGCAUCCUCUCCACUAACAUCGCCGAGACCUCAGUCACCAUUGACGGGAUCCGCUUUGUAGUGGAUUCAGGGAAGGUGAAGGAGAUGAGCUAUGACCCUCAGGCCAAACUGCAGAGACUGCAGGAAUUCUGGAUCAGUCAGGCCAGCGCAGAGCAGCGUAAGGGCCGGGCGGGCCGUACAGGACCCGGCGUCUGCUUCCGUCUCUAUGCCGAAUCGGACUACGAUGCCUUCGCUCCCUACCCGGUCCCAGAGAUUCGGAGGGUAGCCCUGGAUGCCCUGGUGCUGCAGAUGAAGAGCAUGAGCGUGGGGGACCCCCGAACCUUCCCCUUCAUUGAGCCUCCACCACCAGCCAGCCUGGAGACGGCCAUCCUCUACCUCCGGGACCAGGGGGCUCUGGACAGCUCCGAGGCGCUCACCCCCAUCGGUUCCCUGUUGGCCCAGCUGCCUGUGGACAUUGUGAUUGGGAAGAUGCUCAUCCUGGGCUCCAUGUUCCACCUGGCUGAGCCGGUGCUCACCAUCGCGGCCGCCCUCAGCGUCCAGUCACCCUUCACCCGCAGUGCCCAGAACAGCCCAGAGUGUGCAGCAGCUCGGCGACCCCUGGAGAGUGACCAGGGAGACCCCUUCACCCUCUUCAAUGUCUUCAACACCUGGGUGCAGGUGAAAUCUGAGCGGAGCAGGAACUCCCGCAAGUGGUGCCGCCGCCGGGGCAUAGAGGAGCAUCGGCUGUAUGAAAUGGCCAACCUGCGGCGCCAGUUCAGGGAGCUACUGGAGGACCACGGGCUGCUGGCUGGGGCCCAGGCCCCAGAGCCCGGCGACGGGUACCACCGGCUGCAGCAGCGCCGGGAGCGCCGGGCCCUGUACCAGCUGAAGCGCCAGCACGAGGAGGCUGGAGGGCGCCGGCGCAAGGUGCUGCGGCUGCAGGAGGAGCAAGAUGGCGGCUCCAGCGAUGAGGACGCAGCGCGCACGGCCUCCCGGGGGACUGGUGACAGCGUGGACAUCCAGGAUGUGAAGUUUAAGCUCCGGCACAACCUGGAGCAGCUGCAGGCAGCCGCCAGCUCAGCCCAGGCCCUGACUCGAGAUCAGAUGGCCCUGCUCAAGCUGGUGCUGGGCCGGGGCCUCUACCCCCAGCUUGCCGUCCCUGACCCGUUCAACAGCGGCCGCAAGGACUCCGACCAGAUUUUCCACACCCAGGCCAAGCAGGGCACCGUGCUGCACCCCACCUGUGUCUUCGCCAACAGCCCCGAGGUGCUGCACAUACAGGAGCCGGAGGCCAGGGGGAGCGAGGGGACCCGAGAAGACAAGGACAAGAUGAGCAGCAGGCACCAGCUCCUCACCUUCGUCUCCCUGCUGGAGACGAACAAGCCCUACCUGGUGAACUGCGUCCGCAUCCCUGCUCUCCAGUCCCUUCUGCUGUUCAGCCGGUCUCUGGAUACCAAUGGGGACUGCACCCGCUUGGUGGCCGACGGCUGGCUGCAGCUCCAGCUUGCAGAUAGUGAGAAUGCCAUCCGGCUCCUGGCGGCCGCCCUGCGGCUCCGAGCCCGCUGGGAAAGUGCACUGGACCAGCAGCUGGCUCACCAGGCCCAGCAGCGGCGGCUGGAGGAAGAGGAGGAUGAGGAAGAGGCGCCCCUCAACCCCAAGGAGGUGACAGCCUUGAGCAGAGAACUGCUUCAGUUCACAGGCUCCAAGGUUUCUUACAGCAUCCGGCGGCUUACAGGGCUGGAAGCCCAAAACCUCUAUGUAGGACCCCAGACCAUCACAACUGCCCCCAGCCUCCCUGGCCUCUUUGGCAGCUCUUCCCUGUCCCCCCACCCUACCAAAGGAGGCUAUGCAGUCACUGAUUUCCUCACCUACAACUGCCUCACGAGCGACACAGACCUGUACAGCGACUGUCUCCGCACCUUCUGGACCUGCCCCCACUGCGACCUGCACAUGCCCCUGACACCCCUGGAGCGCAUCGCCCAUGAGAACACCUGUCCCAAGGCCCCGCAGGAUGGCCCCCCAGGGGCCGAGGAGGCCACCCCAGAGCCCAGCCAGAAGGCAUCUGCCCUGCAGAGGCCCUACCACUGCGAGGCCUGCCAGAAGGACUUUCUGUUCACACCCACAGAGGUGCUGCGGCACCGAAGGCAACACGUGUGAGGUCGGGCAGGUGCCUGCUGACGGCCUGUGUCCCAUCGGGGACUAGGAGCCACCCCACUCCCUAGCCAGGACUCUGACCAGAGGAGUGGGCACUCAGCCCUCUGGGAGGGCGUAUGAAUAUGUGAAUAAAGUCUUCCUCACUUGAAGGUGCUCUGCCCAGCCAGCAGGUAGCAGCUG